AUGGGUACAUAUCGCGUUACUAGACAUGUGUUGAUAUUUUGUUCGAUCAAUCUCUAUUUGAUGAGACCUAUUGUCGCAGUGUUCUGUGAUUUUGGAGAUCCGCAUGGAUUACUUAGCAACAAUGCUCUCGCCAGAUGUUACAUGGAUAUCGACGACCUUGCGCCUGCGACUGUGAUAUGCCCACGACGAAUCAACGACACGGAGUAUGUGUGGCAUCCUCAGCCAAAGGCGAAUGAAAAUUCUCAAGUCAAGACUUACUUGACUGGCGGUGGCAUGUUUCGUUCUGUUGCGCUUUCACAUGUACUGCGUUACGAAUCUGAGAAUGUGCGUGUCUGGGCAGAGACAACUCUCUCUCAAAGCAAUAUACGUCUAAACUUGCCAAAACACGAAUUGUUUGCUAUGACAGAACGACGUGUAAUAUUCAUCUGCGGACCGAAAGAUUUGGUCUUGAGUGACGCAUUGCAGCGUCACUUAGACCACCUCGAUGGCUUCGGUAGUAUGCAACCACUCCCUUGGAUUCCAGUUACUCCGUUAACUGAAGAACUAUCGAAGAUUGGACAUGGAUUAGGUGUGUUUUACUUGAACAGAGGGAACGUGCAUCUACCUUUUCAAGGAUGUGGUACCCGUCCCUCACCUCUUUUCGUUGCGCAUAGUGCAGUCACUGCCAAUCCAGUGACCGGAACGGUUUCAUGCGUGGCGGAUCCUAUGUCGAAGUCACCCAUAGGAUUUGUUUGCGAAGGCCGUAUUGAACCCGACGAUUGCAUGAUGUCUCUAUUGGAAACAAAUAGCAAAGUUGUGAAGGCUCCUCAACCGUAUUUAUAUUGGAAAUUCGAUGACUAUAGACCUUGGGUUGCGGCACGAUAUUUCAACGAAUUUGCAUUACCACCCAUUAAAGGCGAAUGCAGAUGUGUCGAUCCAGUAAGAGGUGACAUAAAGGCCAGAAUAGUAAUAAACUUUAAAACUGAUUACGUUUGUGACAUUUCCAGCAAGAUUUUCCGUGACCGUCACCGAUCUAUCAUUGGCCCUUGGUGUGAUGUUGUACUCCAUCCUGGCAGCACAUUGACCAUAAAGGUGCCAACGCAGCCCUCGAACCCGAUUUCUAUGGGAGAUGAUUACGACAGAGAUAUCGACGGAGACGCUUCAGGUGUGCCAUUCUCUCAACUGCCGUCCGCCUAUGAAUACGAAACCGAAUUCCUGCCGAAUAACUUGGCGACUCUGCGGCAACUGAAAUCAAUGCAUGACAUUGAUGAUUAUGAUGAAGUCUGGUACAAUAAAACCAUUGCUGGCGAUGCUCUCGAGCUGGAUGUCUCCCAAAUGUCCCGUGGGGAGGUGAAGCUGAAGUAUCAUCUCGACAAACCGCUUGCAUUACGAACAGGGUUAAACUCGUUUGUAUAUCACUGGACGUUGAUAUCAAAGAACCAAAAUGUUCCUGACAAGAUACGUGCCACAGUCAACCUCUCCUUUGCUUAUAGUUAUCGGUACGUAUUGCUUGGUUGUGACCGAACUCAACGGGAUGUUUUCGAUAGGAAUAUGAGCAUGAAGCACAGUGCACUUAGAUCUGUUGAGAAUGGUAUUGGACUUACGUACGAAUGCUCUUACCGUAUUGCUAGUGGCGCUUGGCAGGUUGGAAUUUACUGCAGUCCGCACGAAGAGCUGUUGCCAGAUAACUGUGAGUCUAAAGGAUACGAUCUUUACUCCAAUCGAGUAAUGCUAUUCCCAAGGUCCAUAAGUAAUGUGAGCGCAUAUCCUAUGCGUGGGUUCCAGGUGUUCGACAUAGCAUUCCGAAAUACCCCCGUCAGCCACGCGUGCAUCUGUGUCGACCAGCUUGGGUACGAAAAGUCGAAGCUUAUUUUAGAGUCAAGCCGUCAUAUUAGAUAUGCAUACACAGUUCUUCGAGAGCAAGCACCUGAUGCGUUGGCUCCGUUCAUACUACUACCAUGGCAUGAAAUGGGAUUCUCAAUUGAAGGGCUUACAACACCCAGAGCUAUUGCGCUAUAUCAUGCGCAUUACAAUUUCGUCACACUACACGUGGGUACAACGUUGUUCAUGAACUGCGAAAGUGAUGUGACUCCGUUGUUGCAAGUUGGAAGGUCUGCCCACCUCGGUGUGAACCCAGGGACUAUACCAACAAAAUGGCUACCGGAGCAGCCCAAUUUGUACUAUUAUAAUAUCAGUCAUAUGCACAAUGGGUCUGAAGUGGUGAAGACGUCAUAUGACGAGACACUUUCCAUUACGCCGGGUGGUUUUCAAGUCAUUCAUAACAACAACUUAUACACCACAGCGUACCAACGUUUGACGAUCGAAUCUCGUAGAGGCGCCAUAAUAAUAUCUAAGAAUCCUGACAACACGAAAUACGUGCCGAUGACGUUCGUAUGCGGUAAAGCACCCGAAGCAUCAGAUUUAUCCACUGUCACUGCUGGUGCAUCUACGUCGGAAGCGCCCCCUCCACCUGAUAUUAAGACCAUAGGAUCUUUGACGCGAUACACGUGGAAUUUAGUUGAGGUGGCGGUCGAAAUGACGGACCCGUACAUGCAAGGCUGUGGUGUGACAUAUUCGUCAACUGAGUUAUUCAAGCCCGAGACCCCCAAGCUCUACGAUGCUGAUGGAGAGCUUCAGUUUGGUUGCCAGAUCGACAUUCAAGCUGCCAAGGAAGCGGCGUUCUACUGCCCGGCUCCUUACGCGCUGGACCCACCGAACUGUUUCAACCACGUCUCCGUGGAUGGUGAACUGAAGAACCUAAGCGACAUCAGUCAGUCGUUAGUGGACGAUUCAUCUAACCACUUUGUUAUCCUGCGAUUCGACAGCGAACUCAUUGGACCCGGGGAGACGCUUCGCAAGACACCGCCGUUGGAGUGCCGGUGCGUCACUACCAAGGGCAUCGUCUUAUCCACCAUCCAGAUCGAGAACUAUUACGCCAAGUAA